AUGUCUGUUUCUCGUUUAGGUGACACUUUUCAAGGAGAUGCUACUUAUUAUAGCGUUAGUGUUGGCUUCACAGCAUGUGGAACAAUGAAUAGUGAUAGUGAAUAUAUCGCUGCAUUGAACGCACCACAAUUCGAUCCAUAUACACCUAAUGGCAACCCAAAUAGAAAUAGCUUAUGUGGAAAGCUAGCCAAUGUCGUUGGUCCGUCAGGAUCUGUUACCGUGAAAAUUGUUGAUAGAUGUCCAGCAUGUAAGUAUGGCGAUCUUGAUCUAUCCGAAGCUGCUUUCAGAGCCGCAGUUGGAGACGUUAGCAUUGGCCGUGCGAGAAUUACAUGGAAAUGGGUUUAA